GCACAUGCGCAGUGACGCCGAGGCGAGGUCGCGGCUAAGCAGAGGCGCCGGGGUUUCUGGGCCGGGCUUCUCAGGACCGGGCUGGAACGUGCAGCUCCUGGCCGGGACACUCUGUGCUUUGCGGGGAAGGGAAGUGGCGGAGCCCGAGGACCCGCUGCCGCUCGGGACUGAGCCCGCCACGCAGGCGCCUGUGCCAGCGUCGCCAUUGUUGCCUGUGGCCUUAGGGCCGCUCCGGCUGCCCGUCGGCCGGGUCCCAGCGACAGAUUCGAGUCAUUGCCUCUGACACUACCUUUUUAAUAGCGGCUCCAUCCCCCACCAACCCCAAGCAGAUGGCAGUUCCCUUACAAGUCUAAGGAUAUAGGGGAGGAAGACAAGGGUCUCUUAUCCAUCCCUGCAAGUUCUGGGCUCAGAAUUUGUCACUAAGGCUGCUAACUCUACCUUGAUUCUGUUCUGCCCUCGGCUGCAGCAGCCUUUGAUAUAGUGUCCUUGUGACUCUAGCAUGAGACUUCAAGCAGUUGGCUCACUACUGGAGAAAUAAAGGAUAUUGCCAGAUUGACUCUCCUGUCUGUAGCAAUGUUAGCCUCAAGCAAGAGGAUGAACAGUUCUUCACGUUCUCAAAUCCUUCUAAGGUGGAAGUCAGACAAGGCUCAGAGUGGACCCUACAAUGUCGAGAAGGAAAUCCUUACUUCAAGAUUCUUGCGUGACACUGAGACCUGUCGACAGAAUUUUAGGAAUUUUCCAUACCCAGACCUGGCUGGUCCUCGAAAGGCAUUGAGUCAACUCCGAGAGCUCUGCCUUAAGUGGCUGAGACCUGAGAUUCACUCAAAGGAACAAAUUUUGGAGCUGCUGGUGCUGGAGCAAUUCCUGACCAUCCUGCCUGGUGAGGUUAGGACUUGGGUAAAGUCCCAGUAUCCAGAGAGCAGCGAGGAAGCAGUGACUCUGGUGGAGGAUUUGACUCAGAUUCUAGAAGAGGAAGCUCCUCAAAACUCUACCCUUUCCCAAGAUACCCCAGAGGAAGACCCCAGAGGAAAACAUGCUUUCCAGACAGGAUGGCUAAAUGACUUGGUGACCAAAGAAUCGAUGACAUUCAAAGAUGUGGCUGUAGACAUCACCCAGGAGGACUGGGAGUUAAUGCGUCCUGUGCAGAAGGAAUUAUACAAGACUGUGACGUUACAGAACUAUUGGAACAUGGUUUCUCUGGGACUUACAGUGUACAGACCAACUGUGAUUCCCAUAUUGGAAGAACCAUGGAUGGUGAUAAAAGAAAUUUUAGAAGGCCCUAGUCCAGAAUGGGAAACUAAAGCCCAAGCAUGUACUCCAGUGGAGGAUAUGUCUAAACUCACAAAGGAAGAAACCCAUACCAUCAAAUUAGAAGACUCAUAUGACUACGAUGAUAGACUAGAGAGGCGAGGAACAGGUGGCUUUUGGAAAAUUCACACUAAUGAAAGAGGUUUCAGUUUGAAGUCAGUCCUUUCACAAGAAUAUGAUCCUACAGAAGAAUGUCUUAGUAAAUAUGAUAUAUAUAGAAAUAAUUUUGAAAAGCAUUCAAACCUAAUUGUACAGUUUGAUACCCAAUUAGAUAAUAAAACUUCUGUGUAUAAUGAAGGCAGGGCAACCUUCAAUCAUGUCUCAUAUGGUAUUGUACAUAGGAAAAUACUUCCUGGAGAGAAGCCUUACAAGUGUAAUGUGUGUGGGAAAAAAUUUAGGAAAUACCCAUCCCUCCUGAAACACCAAAGUACCCAUGCCAAAGAGAAAUCGUAUGAAUGUGAAGAAUGUGGGAAAGAGUUUAGGCAUAUCUCAUCCCUUAUUGCACAUCAGAGAAUGCACACUGGAGAAAAACCAUAUGAAUGCCACCAGUGUGGUAAAGCCUUCAGCCAGCGUGCACACCUUACUAUACAUCAGAGAAUUCAUACUGGAGAGAAACCCUAUAAGUGUGAUGACUGUGGGAAAGACUUCAGUCAGCGUGCACACCUUACCAUCCAUCAAAGGACACAUACUGGAGAGAAACCAUAUAAAUGCUUGGAAUGUGGUAAAACCUUCAGUCAUAGUUCAUCACUGAUUAACCAUCAGAGAGUUCAUACUGGAGAAAAACCUUAUAUAUGCAAUGAAUGUGGGAAGACUUUCAGUCAGAGUACACACCUUCUUCAGCAUCAAAAAAUACAUACUGGGAAGAAACCAUAUAAAUGCAAUGAAUGUUGGAAAGUGUUUAGUCAGAGUACUUACCUUAUUCGACAUCAGAGAAUUCAUUCUGGAGAGAAGUGUUAUAAAUGUAAUGAAUGUGGAAAAGCCUUUGCUCAUUCCUCAACCCUUAUUCAACAUCAAACCACUCACACUGGAGAGAAAUCCUAUAUAUGUAAUAUAUGUGGGAAAGCCUUCAGCCAGAGUGCAAAUCUUACUCAACAUCAUAGAACACAUACUGGAGAGAAACCAUAUAAAUGCAGUGUGUGUGGGAAAGCAUUCAGCCAGAGUGUGCACCUUACUCAACAUCAGAGGAUUCAUAAUGGAGAAAAACCCUUUAAAUGCAAUAUAUGUGGGAAAGCAUAUAGACAAGGUGCAAAUCUUACUCAGCAUCAAAGGAUUCAUACUGGAGAAAAACCCUAUAAAUGUAAUGAAUGUGGGAAAGCUUUCAUUUAUUCCUCAUCACUUAAUCAACAUCAGAGAACUCAUACUGGAGAGAGACCCUAUAAAUGUAAUGAAUGUGAUAAGGAUUUUAGCCAGAGAACAUGCCUUAUUCAACACCAGAGAAUUCACACAGGAGAGAAACCCUAUGCAUGUCGUAUAUGUGGUAAAACCUUCACCCAGAGUACAAACCUUAUUCAGCAUCAACGUGUUCAUACAGGUGCCAAACAUCGUAAUUAAUGGGUAAAGGAAACUUCAAUUCGGUUUUACAACUUUGUUUCAAUUUUAUUUUGUGCAUUCUAUGUGUCAGAACAUUCAGAAGAAGUCUGAAGAAGUGCAAUAUGUUAAAUACUCAGCAGAAGUAUCAGAAGUAGUGGUAUGGAUAUAACCUAUUUAGAUUUAAUGUGAAAUUUAAGAAGGAAACUUGACUUCUUAACCUUAAUUUGAUAUGAGUUUAAUUCAUUACAGAAAGAAACCCUGUGAAGGGUAUUCAAAAAUGUAACUCAUCAACUCUCUAUUUCAAGUACACUUAUCCUUUGGUAUACUCGGGGGAUUGGUUCCAGGACCACCCAUGUAUACGAAAAUCUACCCAUACUCAAGUUGCACGGUCAGCCUGGUGGAACCUGUGUAUAUGAAAAGCCCUACAUCUAUGCAGGUUUCCCAUCCCUGAAUAAUGUGCUUUCAAACUCUGUUCAGUUGAAAAAAAAAUUCCAGUAUAAAUGGAUCUGUACAGUUCAAACGUGUUGUUCAAGGGUCAACUGUACAUCCUAAUGAGGCCUUAUGAGUGUAACUUAGGAAGGUGUCCAUCAAAUAGAGAUUUCACACUAGAGAGUGAUCUUAAAAUUACAGAAAAGAGAAAGCUGCUUUCAGGCCUUUUAUUCCCAGCUUUGAAGCCUUAAAAUAUGUAAAGGACUCCCUUCCCUGUUUUACUUCCCCUUCUCCUGUUAUGCCAUAACUGCCAUAUGGAGCCAGUAGGUUUGAAAAAAAACAGUUGGAAGUAUCUUAAAGAUUUCUAUGUGACCACUGGUUACACCUUCCCUCAGAUAUGGAAAUAUUAAAGAGAAGCUUAAUGAAAGAUAUGUUAUGAUAGAAACUAAUGUGUAUAUAACAUUAGAUGUGUAGAGAUUUAGUUAAACAGGCAAAAAUUAAAUGCCUCAAGCUUAAAUGAAUUUUCAAUACACAUUAGCCUUGAUUUCACUAGGUUUUGACAUUCAAGGUCAUCCUGAAGGAAAAAAGCAGGUAUAAAGUAUACAGUUCCCAUUUUUUUCACCUGACUCCUAAAUUUAUACUUUAGGUUUCUCUGUGACUGUUUUACUAUGGAAAGUUCAUUUCUUCCACUGAAACACGUUUCUUGAGUGUCUACUAUGCUCAGGUCCCAAACUUCCUAAUUGGAUCCUCUCAAGCUUGUUACAGUGCUGAAAAUCACAGGUGGUUUACACAACAGAAAGAUUUCUAGAGUGAUGAGAAAGUGAGGAUGUGAUAUUUUGUCAUGGGUUGAGCGUAAGCAACCUGCUAAAAUGGUUUGCCAAAUGCUACCUAUAUCCCAAGAGAAGGAAGUGGAAGUAAUAGUGUAGCUAUAUAAAUAAUGUGAGAAAAAAAUAAUGGAAAAUAGAUUUGAGUUCACUGCAGAAUGUGGGUCAGGGGAAAAGGUGAAAUUUUAAUGGAGUGAGGAAAACAUAUAGAUAAUUGCUAUAACAUGAAAUGUAAUUGGACUUGCUUUGCCUAUGAAAUGAGAGUGGCUAAAUAAAAAAGAAUUCAGCCUGGUUAUUAGAAGAAACUAAAAACAAAA